CACAUGGAUCAGAAGGAGGAACGGUGGUUCUCCCACCUCCGCGCCCACCGGGGGAAGUCUGAGACAGUGCUGAGCAGCACUUGUGCAGACUGAUCCCCAGCAGUGACCACAAUGCCAUCAGCCCUGGAGAGCCCCGAGGCGGGAGAGGAAGACAUCCUGCACUAUGAUGAAGUGGAAGAUGACUCUGUCAGAAGAUACCACCAAGGCCCCCAUGCUCUUUAGCCUGCCCUGGGCUAAAGCUGUAGUUGCUCCCCAUAUGCUCAAGGCUUCCUUGUAUAGUGUUGUUGGGCUCACGUGGAUGAGAAGGAGAAGUCACGGUGCAGGGAUCAGAGGGUCCUUGGCAGUUGCUUCAGCAUCCUGGGCCAGAGCCCCUGCCCCAUGGACCUUUCAGAGCUGCUGAAGGAGGGGACGAAGGAAUCGCAUGACCGUGCAGAGAACACUCAGUUUGUCAAGGACUUCCUGAAGGGGCGCAUCAAGAAGGAGCUCUUCAAGCUGGCCACCGUGGCCCUUUACUUCACCUACUCUGCUCUGGAAGAGGAGAUGGAUCGUAACAAGGACAACCCAGUCUUUGCUCCUCUGUACUUCCCCGUAGAGCUUCACCGGAGAGAAGCUUUGGCCAAAGACCUCAAAUAUUUCUAUGGGGAAGACUGGAAAGAAAAGAUCCAGUGUUCAGAGGCAACUCAGCAAUAUGUGGACAGAAUCCAUCAUGUGGGACAACACGAGCCAGAGCUGCUGGUGGCUCAUGCUUACACACGCUACAUGGGGGACCUCUCAGGUGGCCAGGUGCUGAAGAAGGUAGCCCAGAGGGCCCUGAAGUUGCCCAGUACUGAGGAAGGGAUCCAGUUCUAUGUGUUUGACAGCAUUUCCAACGCACAGCAGUUCAAGCAGCUUUACAGAGCAAGAAUGAAUGCUCUAGACUUGGACAAGAACACCAAGGAAAGGAUCGUGGAAGAGGCCAACAAAGCCUUCAGAUUUAACAUGCAGGUGUUUGAUGAGCUGGACAAGAUCGGCAGGUCGCUGGCAGAAGAAGCCCAAGAUGGAGGCUUUCCAGUCCACGAUGGAAAAGGAGACAUCCGCAAAUGCCCUUACUAUGCAGACAAACUGGGCAUGGCAAGCCCCAGCUGCCCCUUCCACGCUGCUGUGGGCCUGGCCAGGCAGCCCCUGGUGCAGCUGGUGCUGGCAGCCUGCAUGGCUGUGGCAGCAGGAGCUGCAGCCUGGUACAUCCUGUGACAGACACAGUGUGUCUCUGCUUGGGGGCAAGGGGGGACAUGUGCCCUGCCCUGUUUCCGACCUUUCCCUUGAUGGUGGUGAGUUGGCUGCAGAGUGGGAGUAAGGAAAUAAACAGGAAUCCUGUGGGACUGUCCAAACCUCCUCGCACACCGCUGUAACACGAGGUCUUUAGCUGACCAGUGUACAGGACUGGUUGGUGCCAGGGGGUGAGGACUCCACUGCAGCACUGCCCUGCCCAGGCUGGGGCAGCUUUUAAGGCUAGAGAUGUCCUGUCCUGUCCCGGCAAAGGCUUCACAUGCUUGGCUUUUCAUCUUCAUCACUGAAGCAGUGUGUGGAGGAAGUUUCCUGCCCUGGGUUGCAUCUGCAGAAUGUCAUCAGCCUUUCAAAUGACAAGCACUUGCUUUCCUGCCCUGAGGAGCUGAGGCUGUGCCAUGGGGCCGUUAGCUCCAAGGAGUGUCCUCUCUGGUGCAAUGUCCUAGGACCCAAGUCUGAGUCAUGUUGGAGGGAGCUCCCUGGGGAUGGGGGCAGGACCAUGGUGGGGUAUGGAGGUGACAGAUGUGUAUUGUGCAACUUUGGGGUUGAGGGUUGGUUGUUGGUUAUUUUUCCUGAAGCCUUGACUGGAAUAAAAAGUUGCAAUGCUGUA